GUCUGUUAGAGAUACAGAUUUAGUUUUGAACAUCGACUCCUGUUAGUGUUAUGAUUCGUGUUGUACUACACUACACCGCCGCUGUUGUUAGGUUGUGAGUGUGCAGCAAGAGAACUAGAUCUGGAUUGGUAUCUAUUUUUUUUAAAUCCAUUGCCAUUAUUUGAAAAACAUUGCGCAUACGUUUGUUGUUUUUUCUCACAUUUUAUUAAGUAACGAGUAUUUUCUUUGUUCUGUAUGUCUUUGGGUGAUGAGACAUCGUUCACGGAAUAUGUCAGCCUCGAAAACACUGACACCCCUAUGAUAAAUAAUGGAUUGUGCCACUACACAUACCCUCAUUCAUCAGUUUUUGUCGCAUUAGCUUGGCGAAGUGUGUAGUCUAAAAGAUUUGACUUUUAGCAAUACUUAGAUACUAUAGCAUGUCUAAUUAGAUCAACACUAUAACUAAGAUUCUUGCUUACAGUCACAAUAGAGUUUUUCAAAUCACUGAUUUAGCAUCAAACACUAGAUCUAGUGAGACUAGAUCUAUAGAUCAUUUUCUGUGUUCAGUAGGUUUUACUCAUGAAUAAAAUCAAAACAAGUGGCGGCGGUGAGAGAAAGGGGGAAUGUGGUGGUGAAGGAGAGGCAUCGCAUAUGAUCAGCACCUCGGCAGCCACUUCUGGUUUACUUGCCCGGCCUUCAUUCCCUUUGCAACCUGCUCCUGGGCAAACAUAUAUUGUUCAGCCACACCAUGAAAUGAAAAACUUUGGAAAAUCUACUCGACCAAUAGCUCCAGCACCUCCAGCACAAACUGUUCAGAUGAUUUCAGCUCGCAAUGUUCCAGCAUCACAAGUUAAUAUACCAAAUAUUAUUUCCCCAUCAUUAUGUCAGCCAAACGCUAACACUGAGGGAAUUCUCAAUCUAGUUACCACAACAGCUUCUGGCAAUAUUGGAAGUGUCAACCAUAGUACCAUCACUGUUCCUGUCACUAGCGUCAUUCAGCUAGGCUCCAACACUCUAACUGGUGGCUCAACUGUUGUUCAGCAGGGUUUAUCAGGACCAUCUAUUCCUAUCAGCAUGUUGGGAAAUGCCAGGGCUAAUCAGCAACCCCAGAAUCAGAAUCAAGCUUUUACUCCUAACUUUUCUAGCUUAGCAAGAGGUCCAACGACACUUGCUGUACCAAAGUCCACAGCAGUGUUGAGGCAAGCAUCUACGCCAGCCCUUCAGAUACCCACACCACCAUUAUCUCUGCCUUUGGCAAGAGCCCCAAUUCAUCAGGCCAUAAAAACUACCACAGCCCCUGCUACCAGGUCUCAGUCUCCAGCAGUGGUUGGACAACCUGUUCUUCAAGCCCAGCCCCAGGACUUAUCUCGUGCAAGUCUACCCAUUCAUGGCUCCAUAACGCCAGUGGUACCAGGCUCUCACCCUAUGCACAUAACUCUUAAUCGCAUGGUGGCACCCUUGAACACAGACGCUGUCAACCAGACUCGUACAAUAUCAGCCCAGGUGCAGAGUGACAGUCCCAGCAAUCUUCAGCAGCGCAUCAGCGUUUCACUUUCAUCUGAUUCUAACCUUCACACGCGUAUGGGUACUGACCUUUCAAGGUCAAUAUCAUUUGUCUCCCAAACUAAGAACAAUAACCCUUCUCUAGUUCCUCAAGCAAAGAUCAUCUCUUCCCAAAAUCAAGUUCAGCAGGGUACAUCUAUCAAAUCAGUGAAUCUUGCAGUGUCUGCUGUAAAUCCUGUGAUGAUCAACUCCUUAAACGCCUCACAAACAAACUCAAGCACAACCAUUGCUUCUACAUCAGCUUCAAUACCCAUAGCCAAAGUCACGCCCCAGAGACUGCAUAAUGUUGGCAGCAUCCUAACCUCCUCUCAGCUACCAGUCCAUAUCCCAUCCACAGCCUCAGUCUUAUCUUCCAUGUCAGCUUCCCAGACCAACACAGUCACACUCUCAUCCUCCACACUGCCCUUAUCAUCUGCCCAUUCCAGUGAACUAGAGGCUGGGCAUCACGACCAGCCUGGUCAUUCCAACACUGGUGCCAUCAUUGUUACUCCAGAUUAUCAGGCUAGAACUCCUGGCUCCAUCAUCACACUUCCUUCCUCCAUAGGGACAGCUGCUACUGCCAAUGUUUUAUCCCAAGCUGCUGAAAACAGAUCUAAUAGUCAUAUUCAGCCUCAACAAAUGAACUUGAGACCCCCUACUGACCAAAUGUGGUAUCAAAACUGUUUGUACUCUCCAAUAGUUAGACAGGCGACCAACUUUUUCUUGCCUAAUCAAGGGACUAAAAUCCCUACUCAGACACCUACACUAGCUGCAAGCCAGCUGGCUGCGAUGUCGUCCAAUGUGCGGUUCAAUUCUGGCACAAUGAUGAUUGAUCCUUCAAGAUUCCCACAACAUGCUCUACAUUCAACCUUCAAUGCUAGCACAAACACUGGAGGCGUUAGCACUGACAAGAUCAAUAAUACAGCCAGGGUGACACUAGCUAGCAGCAUUUACACCAACUCAGUGGGUGUCCAGUCACAAAUUCAAGGGGCAGGGGGAGGUGGAGGUGGCAACAGUGGAUCCAUGUCCAGCGGUCUGAGCGCAGUGCCAGUUUCCAACCCUAGCUCAUCUCCACGUCCUAGCAUUCUCAGAAAGCGGACCACUAAUGAAGCCGUUGUUGUGCGGAAACCAAACUUCAAUUUAAACCAGGAGCCGAGGUGUCAUAGUCCACCCAGAGUUGAUACCAACACUUCAGGGUUAAGUUCACCCAAAAUGUCAAUAAAAAAUUUUUCUCCAUUAAGUGAAAACAGCCAGUCAUCAACAGAUACAGCCCUUUCAUCUAAUGAUGCCACAACACCAACACAUAACCACAAUGAGAAAGGCAAAGUGGAAGGGGAAGAUUGUGUUGAAAAUGGACCUCCACCGCUAACCUCAAUGUUAAACAAUAUCCCAGCUUCCCCUGCCGUCAGUCACACAGGAAGUCUUUCAGAAGCAUCUCCCAGAAAACGAGCAAGAAAGCAACUCUUAGAGAAUGAAGACAAUGAGCUAGUAGUCAGAAUGUCGGGUUUAUCUUGCAGACAUGCUAACGAGGAGCUCAAGGACAAUAACUCUUCAUCUGAUGAUGAAAUAGAAAACACUCGACAGAGAGAGGAAUCAGCCCGAGAUCAAAAAGAAAAGGAGAAAGAAAUACGAGGUGAGUACACAGAUGAGGAGGGAGUAAGGUGGGUGCUGAACAAACCAAAGCCGACGUUUGUCUUGCUGCAGCCUGAGUUUGUUAACAACAAGACAAGAAACAAUCAUUUUAUGAGAUACUCUGAUGUCAAGUCCAAAGAAGAGAGGUGUCCUACAGUCCAUGAAUUAUCCAAUCAAAGGGGAAUCACCCAGAAAGUCAAUGGAUGGAAACUUUAUUUUACAGCUUCACAACUAGAAGAAUUGAUGGACAUAGAGAAAGAUAUCCAAGUGGAAUUCUGUGAAGUCCAGACGGCUCUUUCUCAGAUUCAUAACAUGACAGAAGAUGAAGCUGGUAAAAUUCACGAAAUGUCGCAGGCCAACAUACAGAGAUGUCAGUUAAUACAGAACCAGCUAACAGAUGCCAGGGCCUCGAUGAUCAGAACACUAGAACACAAACCCAGGAUCCAGGAAAUAGUCAACAAGCACAUCAGCAAACGACCAAUCAAAAAGAAGGAAAGGACGUAGCACUGGACAGCUUUUUUUUUAAACCGUUUUGUUUGUUUGUUUGUUUGUUAGCUUUAAUGAUGUGAUACUGAUUGUUUGUAUGUUUUCAAUGCCUAGAAUUCUGAGAUAACCUGUGAAAGGAUUCUGCAUCUGCGGUAAACACUAUUUUGAUUGUAUAACAAAUGUGCAUAUAUAUUAUUUUUUUUUUUUUUCACUUUUAAUGAUCAUUAAUUCUGAAUAUUUAAUCGAAAACAAACUGAAACUGUUUUGUUGAAUCUUUCUAAAAGGACAAUGUAAAUGUGUACAGGGGCCAAAGUGGUCUAGGUGAAUACAUGACUUACAGGAAAACAAGCCAUUAGAGAAACUGGCAGCAGCAGUAGGCGUCAAUAACUGCUAGCUGUUAAUUGACUUGAGGCCAUAUAAAUAACAUUUUAAUACAAAUGUGCAUUUAGAGUGACUUGAAGACUGUAAAGGGUAAGAGUAUGUACAUAGUGCAAUCAACUUAAUGGCUAUAUAUUUCUCAAUGUCUGUAACUCUAUUACUAUAGUAUAGACUGGGCCUUGACUUCGUUUAACAAGAUUUCAAACCUUACUUAUUAGUGUGAGCUUGGCAUCAUGGAAUGCUUAGAUGACUUGCUAUCACAUUUUUUUCCCAGUAUUUGUCAGUAACUUAAUGUUGGUUUGGACUCAACAAUGUUCUGAAUCAAUGUUACUUGAUAAAAUGGUUUCAGCCUUUCAUAAAAAGGAAUCAUCAUUUAGAAACUCAUUUUAUGUAGAACUGAAUUUUAAUUUAUUUCAACUAUUAUCAAUUAUGCCAACUUGUAAAAGCUUAAUAAACAAUUUUUAAAAAAUGUUGGAAAUGCUGACGAGAGUCUUUCAAAUUUAACCAGGUGGUUUAAAAAAUAGUUAACAUAAAUACAAUUGUUAGUCAUACCAUGGACAUUUACUUGACUAUUGUUGUACUAGAACCAAACCUUUUAAUACAGACAGAAAAGGACGAUGUACAUUUAAAAACAAAAGUUUAUUGUAUUUUUUGUUAUGCAUAAAGUCAAAAUGUUUUGUGAUGUUGAGCGCAUAACAUGUAUAAACCUUUGAGUUGACCAGAACAUAGUUCAAGAUAGCUGAAUAGACUCCUUAGUUAUGAGUAUUACUCCAGCAGCUUCUGUUAGUGAUAGGCUGGUAGUAUAAGAGAAAUGCCAGCACUUAAGAGUGAAAGGGGGGGGGGAGAACUAAUUUAAAAAAAAUAGAAGGGCAUUGUUUGGCUUCUUUACCUGCUUCAUCCAAAAAGACCCUACAUGUCAAGCUCAUUCUUAUCAGAUAAAUACAGAUCUAUGGAUCCUACUGACCAUGGCUUAGAUCCUACUGAUAAUUGCUUAGAUCCUCACUUAGAAGUUUCCAAUGCCAGUGUUGUAAUGUUCAGUGUUUUAGGCCUGAGUUAAUUCAAACAACUUAAUGCUGAAAACAAAAUCAAAGCUGCAAUUUUUAUUUCCAUGUAGUUGACAUAGGAGAAGGGGGGGGGGGGAAUUGAACAUAAUUGGAUAGUUUCUCCAUUACUGGCAGUUGCCUCAUUCCAUUUCUGUUUUUUUUUAACUGGAUCAACUCCUUUUUUUUUAUUUCAUAAAAUAAUACAUUAUAAUUUAUUAACAGUUUUUUUUAAAAAACCAUAUUCUUGUUUUGUUGUAUUAUCUUGUUCCACUUGUCCUGUCAUGUGACCUAAGAGUGGAGCAAAAGGUCAUUACUAGGGUUCCUAUUCUCAAAUGAUGUAUGACUGCUUUUUAUAUUAGGCUUAUGCAGUUAAAAAAAAAAAAAGGGAAAUCAGUUUUAUGUUGACAGCCUAGUUUGUACUUGAUAUUGGUGUCCUCUAAAACACCAUGCCAAUUGUUUUAACUUUCUUUUGUUAACUUCUUGUUUAGAGAGCUAUGUAGACUAUUUGUAUGAUUCUAUACAUUGUUUUGCUUGGAGGCAAUCUCUUAAUCCCGGACUUUAUUGUACAGUUCAUGUCAUUAUUGGUAUUGUUCCAUGUAACAGCAGCUGUUACACUGGGACUACACAUGUGAAUAUAUACAUACAACUUAUGUGUACUCUUCAAGUCUUGAUGAUGAUGAAUGAAAUAAAUUAUUUCCAUUUUUA